GGGAUGGGCGACCGGGGCGUUACCAGAGCUGCUGGCGGUGGCACGGCUGUCCCGGAGCGAGGGCCGGGAAGAGUCCGCCCGUCCCGUCGGGAGCCGCUGCCGAACGCGGGCGGUGAGUCCGGCAUAGGCUGCGCUCCCCGGGCGGCGGCUCUGCCGGCAGCGCGCUGCCCCGGGGCGGUCGGGCCGCCUCCGUAGCGCCACGGCCGCUGAACUUCGCUUCCGAGCCGCGCUCCGCAGACGGGCGCACGGGGCUCAGCGCGCGGCCGGAGCGGUGUAGGCUUAACCUGGGUGCUUAAUGAGACGGAGGUGAAUCCGUCCGGUUUAAUGACUUUACAGUGCGCGUAGAUGUAUACGUACAGGCACGCAAACGAGCCUGUGAAAUGCACUCAUGAGUUCAUCAGAAUACGUGUGGUAACAGCCUUCAUACUUACUACUCUGCUAGAUAGAAUACGUUGUUACAGAGCUGCUACGCUUCUUCAGUGUACUGGUGUUUAACUGUCUGUGGUUGGUGUGGACUAACUUGCAUGGGUUUAUCUUUUCUUUUCUUGCCUGUUGUCCUUAGCGUACUCAAUAGCAGUCCUUUCCCUCUUACAUACUUAACAUAAAUAAUUUUAUAGCCUUGAAAAACUUCCUAGUUUAUUUCUAGUGUAGUGUAUUUCUGCACUGCAGGAUCCUGGAGAGUAAUCCUGAACAUAGUGAUGCAAAUGGACUUAACAUCCAAAUUGUGUUCUGAUGUGGAGAUCUUCUUGGCCUUCAAGCAGAGUGCUGCACGCAAAUAAAUAAAAUCAGUGAAAGUGUAGCUUAAAAUGGUAGAAAACAAGUGGUUAAACAGUGUGUUUGUAAAUCCUGUGACCUGAAUUUCUGGUUCGAUCACUGCGCAUAAAGGCUGGGACAAUAGAAGUGACAGGGUAGGAAGUGUGUGACCUUAUGAGCCUUCUGUUUUGUCUGGCAUUCGUCUGAGAUGCGCAUCUAGUUCAGACCUUUAAUUUUCUCCUUCACAAAUUUUAUGAAUACGCUUAUACGUGGGUGAAAAACCGACAGAGUAAGUGGAUCUAUACUUGACUAACAGCACAAGCUGUCAUGUAUAAUAAGUUAUUGUACCCGUAUUACGAUAAUAAUGGGAUAUUAAGCCAACAUAUUUUGGCAGUGAGUCCUUGUAAUACGUAUGCCCUGUUUUGACGUCUGUAGAAGGAGGAUUAUCUCAGACAGACUUUGUAGUGGGAGGGUGUGAGUGGGAUGAAAGCAAAAGCUGCUUAAUUUUAAUCUUCUCUGAAAGGUAACUAAAAGUAGUGCACAUGGUUAAAAUAUGUAUGCUUUUCUUACUAAUGCCUUUUAAUUGUAGUCUCUUAAAUUUUUAAUGUAAACUCAGCAGUACUGAAACAUUUUAUAAGGUUUGGUACGUACUGAAGCAGCUCCCUGUCCUACAAAUAAGGAAGCCUUAAGGGAUAGCUGGCUCUUGUGUAAACAUCUGACAAGAGCCGAACAAGUCACUGUGUUUGUGCAGCAGUCACAGUCUGUUCAGUCUUCUGGCACUUGGUUACAUUGUUUCAGUAUUGUAAUUGUGAACUUGCUUUUCAGAAACGUUUUUCUGUCUUUUGUGCUUUUUAUAGUUCCAAAAGUGGUAUCUUGGAAUAAGCACGCACAAAACUCAGUGUCUGAAAAUGUGCAGAAUGACUGAUCUCUGUGCAGUUUGCAUUUUCCAGUAGGUUUAUAUUCUUACCUACUCCUCCCUUAUGACCUCCUUAGACAAAAGAAACUUUGAGCAUCCUGUGAGAUUUCUUAUGUAGGUCUUUCCUCCUCUUUAUAAUCUCAUAUGAGACCUUUGAAACCAGGUUUUGUUUGUAUCUUUCUGGAUGCUUUUCCUGCUGAAGUUGCAGGGUGUUUUUUUUUUAACUUACUAAAAGGCUUUUCUAAAUUAUGAGAGCUUCAUCUCUUAUCUGCAUGUUAUUGCUCAGAAGGUGGAUGGCAAAUUCAUGCAGUCCUAAGACUGGCUUUUGACUGGAUUGAUGUUCAGGUCUAGUUGCAUAUCCUCUUCCUAUCUCCAAGGUUUUUAUUCUAACAGUACAAAAACUACUGGCAAUUGAUACACCAAAAAGCCCCAUUGCGAGAUGCACAUUGCUCAUGAACGUACAUCAAGCAGGCACAGGAAUGAAAUGCUACCAGCCACCUACUAACAUACGCUUCAUGAUUUAGAUAUUGUUAGAUUUCUGGUUUAUGACGGGUGCUACAGAGGAGGUGGUGGUACCUUAGUUGUUCAAGGAGGUGGGGAGCAACAUGAAAGCUGAACCGCGCAGGCAUGCACUUAAGUGGUACCAGGCAUGCCGGCGGACAACAGCCUCAGUGGUGAGGAAGGAUUUGUUUUAAACAAAUGAGAAUGUCAGCAGUUCAGAUGUGGAACAAACAGUGUAGGUUGGUCUUAAACUGCUCAGGCAGAGGGUGGGAUUUGAAGUGUUUGAACGUAGCCUUUGGUCUUGACUUGCUGUGAGGAGUGGAGUCAGUAAGUGAUGUGUUGAUUCAUGUUUAAGGCUGUAUUUAAAAAUACUCUAGUUUGGUUGGGAAACUGCAUUUGGAAAUAAAAGAUUAAAUUGUGUAGAAAAAUGAGGAGAAAUGCUUAAGUGCCUGCGAGAAGACUUUAAGUGUAAAUUCCAUGCAGGAUUUCUACUUGCCUGAUGUUUAGAUUCACAGUAGUUGUACUGGAAUUGUGCUAAAAUAUUGUAGUACAGAUACACGGGCUGUGCUGCAAAAUACACUUUUCUUUGAAAUGCUUUUCAGAAUGCCUUCUGUGGUAAACGCAGGUCGGUAUAUGGUAUAAAUCACACAGGUAUAAAUAUAAAUGAAAAUAGUUGAUCAUAAACUACAUGUUGGAUGAUGAGGGCUGAAGGAUGUAGGAACUUUCCAGAAAGAUACCAGAAAUAUGAUACAGACUGUGCUUUGUAUUCAGUUAAAAUCGUGCUGCUCUUUGGUGAAAUCAAAGUGGAGUGCCAUUAAGCAAACACUUGGCUUUGUAAAUCAGGGCAGAAAGUUUGCAGAUUUUAGACAGUAACACUCCCUGGUGGAAGGUGGGUGGGUGCUGUGUCUGUGCAGGAGCAUGUGAGCUUUGACCAUGUAGCUUGCUUGAUGGCCUUGGUUUUAUUUCAGAAUUCAGAAGGAAUGCUCAUGUUUUUCUGAGAAGUAUUAGGUGGGCACUGAUUGCAGCUGCAUGAGACAUUUUCUGAGUGGGAAGGGGUAUUGUUAUGACCACUGGGUCUCUGAUUUUAUUUAAUUUUUAAAUGAGAUGACGUCAUUUCAUUGUGCCCAGUCAGGGCCUGAGUCAUUAAUGUGGUGAUUAAUCCUCAGUAGCAAAAAAAAAAAACAACAAAAAAAAACAUUGUUGCAUUGCGUGGAGCCAUAAUGAAAUAGGAGCACGUUUUAGGAAAGCUACAAUGAUGGAUGAUAAAUGUGUGAUUAUCGCUGAAUGGUUCUGAUGAUUUAGAGCAAGAUUGACAGGCUGCUUCUUAUUGUUUGAAAGGAUGUAAGCUGGGCACUGAAAAACUAGAGAGCUGACAUUUCAUGAACAUAACAGGUUUUGGAAGCUGAAAUAAUUAGGCUUAUUUGUUCAUGCUACUUGCUAAAGACAUCAAUUAGAAAUACUGUUCAGAUGUGGUAUUCAAUAACUGUAUGCCAGAUCAUCUAGAGCUUUUACAGCACCUUUAAACUUAUCAUGUAACAAGGAUGAAGUCAGUUUCCCCCAGAAAGCUGUCACAUGAUUAAUGUCUCCCAUUGUGGAGAAGAGAACAAAACACCAUAACUUUGUCUCCACGUCCACUAUGAUAAGUUCCUCAAUUGCAUAUGCAAUGGAAGAAACCAUUCUGUGUUCUGUUCAGGUGACAUUCUCAGAUGAUUAAAAAAGAGACCCUGUGAAUAUCCAUGUAUAUUGCGUUGUUAAGGGUUGUUCUAAAAGGACAAGUUAAUGCUGACACUGUACUUCGCAUUUUUCCGUAUUUGUUAUGCUUUGUUCACCUUCUUCACAUCCCUGGCUAUUGUGUUGGCUAACUAAUUGCUCAUGAGUUAGAAGUCUGAACAUAAGGCUUGCAUUUCUGUCACGUCUUGUGGUUACCUUCAUGAGGAGCUUCAUAUGGGCUGAUAUGUUCUGGAAAAAAAACCUUCCUGGAACUAAGCAACAAAAAUGUAUGCAGUGAGCCUUUCAGAUGGGAUGUCAUGUUUAAUGCCAGCACCUUUGACCUAAACCUGUUUCCUUUUAAAGAAAUAGUCAGCCUGCUUGCAACUUUGUAUUUGCGUAGUCUCUAAUUUGAAGAUGACACCUUUCAGUAGGUGAGUUCUUGCUGCUGCCAUGAUGAUCAGGGGAAAGACAGGAGUUGCUUUUGCAAAGUGACGUAACAGUGCUCCCGGUAUUCUCCCUGUAUUAUUCCUCGUUCAUCUGUUCAGCAGCCAGACAAACUGGCAGUUGUAUGAAGUGUUGUGGGGAACAAAGGGGAGCAGAAAAUACUGACCAUCCACUAAUGCAUUUGUCUAAUCACCCUUCUGGAGGUUAGACUGCAGGGAAAUUGACAAAAUUGCCUCCCUCAGUGUGAGCUGAAACAUGAAACAGACCAAGGUCAUAAACAGCCCGGUGUAAGAUCAUCUGGAAUUAAAAGAAUAAGGGUAGACUUGGGAGCUCAGAUCCUAUUCUCAGAUCCACCUAACUUGAGUGGAAGGGCAGGUAUGCAGGGAAAAAUGAUUUCCUUUGUACAAACAUCCUCAAAUGCUGGGGAGGAUAAAUUGGACCUGGUGUGGGAAAAUCUGUUUCUUCCACUUGUGAGCUUCCCAGCCUAAAGCUCUGACGUGGUCUGUUUGUUCAGCUUGACCUCACUGACUGAUUUCAGUUAGUUUUAAGUGAAUCCCCACAACAUUUACUUUGAAAGUUAAGGCUUAGAAAAGUGUUUUUCAGCAGCAUAUGGCCUCUGACAGUGAAGCAGAGGGAGGUGGAUUUGUGUCCAGAAACAUGUUCAAAGGCUAAUAUUGGAAGUUCCUGCAGAAGAGAGCCUUGUAGUGGGCAGAUUUGUUCAGACAGUUGAAGCUGUUAACUAGAAAAUCUUAACUAAAAAAAAUAAAAAAAGCCAGUGUAACAACUCAAGCACGCUAACAGCUUUGCCUUUGCGUGCUUUCUGGAGCUGUGAUGUUAUCUGAUCAGUCUUUGACCGUGAUCUAUGUGUGAUUAAGAUCUCUGCUUGUACAAUUAUGAACAUAUGAUCAGUGGAGUGGAAGUGUGUGCCCUGUCUUUGGAUAAGGGAAGAAUUAGGAACAUGGUGAUAUUUAUGAAGUGGAUGAAGAAGACUUGGGCUUAUGACAGAUUUUCUUAGCUAUUAAUUUUUUGUUUCCACAGAGCCCCCACAGUGACAAUACUGACAGAAACCACUGACACGUGAAGAUGAAACCAUGAAGAGAAAGCAGAACGAAUAAUAAUGCUUUUCCGAAACCGGUUUCUGUUCUUGCUGGCUUUGGCAGCCUUACUUGCCUUUUUGAGCCUCAGUCUACAAUUCUUGCAUUUAAUCCCAGUGAACCCUAUCAAGGAAGAUGGGUUGAAUCCUAAGAGCCGAAAGAGAAUAAUGCCUGAUUUGCUGACAGAACCUCCUGCAAUAGAUCCUGUUUACGAAGCUCAUGUUUACUGCAAUAUUCCUACCAUUGCUGAACGUAGCAUGGAAGGUUAUGCACCUCAUUAUUUUAAGCUAGCGUCAGUUCAAGUGUUGAUUCGACAUGGAGAUAGAUAUCCAUUAUAUGCCAUUCCCAAAACAAAAAGACCUGACAUUGACUGUACGUUGCUGCCUAACAGGAAACCUUCUCAUCCUCAGCUGGAAGCUUUCAUUAAGCACAUGUCCAAAGGGUCUGCAGCCCAAAUGGAUGGUACCCUAAGCAGCCUGCCUCGUUACCCUAGUCAUUCUCUUUGUGAAAUGGGAGAGCUUACACAGACUGGUGUUGUACAGCACUUGCGAAAUGGACAACUAUUGCGAGAAACUUAUAUAAACAAACAUAAACUGCUUCUGAAUGACUGGACAGCAAAACAGCUCUACUUGGAGACAACAGGAAAGAGCCGAACCCUGCAGAGUGCGCUGGCGCUGCUCUACACCUUUUUGCCAGAUUUUGACUGGAAAAAAAUUAAUAUGAGGCAUCAGUGGAGCACCAUUUUUUGUUCUGGAAGCUGUGACUGUCCUAUGCGGAACCACUACCUAGAAGAGGAACAGCGCAGGCAGUACAGCUUACGGGUGAAGAACAAUGAUCUGGAGAAAAUAUAUGUGGAUAUGGCAAAGAUUGUUGGCAUUCCUACCAGGCAGCUGAGAGCUUCUAACCCAAUAGAUUCUCUCUUGUGCUAUUUUUGCCACAAUGUCAGUUUCCCCUGUACCAAAACUGGCUGCAUUGGUAUGGAACACUUCAAAGUAAUCAAAAGACAUCAGUUGGAGGAUGAGAGAGAGAGACAGGAAAAGAAACUUUAUUUCCUGUACGCACUGUUGGCUACUCACCCUCUCCUCAACCAGACUGUUAAUCGGUUUCAGCGAAUUGCAGAAGGCAAGAAAGAAGAAAUAUUUGUUCUUCACUCUGCACAUGAUGUCACACUGUCACCUGUUCUUAGUGCCUUGGGCAUUACAGAGGCCAGAUUUCCACGAUUUGCUGCCAGAUUAGUUUUUGAGCUGUGGCAGGAUGGGAAGAGACCCAAAGAACACUUUAUCCGCAUCCUGUAUAAUGGUGCUGAUGUCACAUUCCAGACCUCAUUUUGCAAGGAUUAUUAUAAACGUUCCAGCAAGCCAAUGUGCCCGCUAGAAAAAUUUGUCAGCUUUGUUAAGAGGGAUAUGUUCUUAGUUUUUAACAGCACUAGUUAUUAUGAUGCAUGCCAUAGAAGACCACUGUAGGGAAGGAAAGUGAAGCUGUUAACUUCUGUGUAGGUGAAAGUCUGUAUUCUGGUUGAGGUGCAUUUCAGUUCUGUUGUUUCUUGACAAAUGAUAUUGCUUGGAACGUUCUUCAGUUUCACUUUCAUUCAAACUGUAGAUGGUCUCCAGUAGAAGAACAGAUACUGAGGAAGUAUUUUGUCUGUGUUAACUGUCAUGAAUUGAUAAACCAUGUGAGCUACUGUAAUGUUGGACUUUGCUUGAUAGGGUGAGAGAGCUCUGAUUUCAUUUCCCUAUAUUCCAGAGCAAUACUUGCACACCAUGAGUUUAAAAACAAAGCAUUCUUUUUUCACCAUCAUCUUGUAAUCAUGUAAGCAGCUGUAUCAGGAUAUUUAUAAAAAGCCAGACAUCUGCUUGUAGGAUAUUCUGGAUGCUCCCUACUCAGAAAGCAUUUUAAUAUUUAGGAACAGGACUUUAAAGCAAAGUGCUUGACUAUACCUGAGCAUGUACAAAUGAGUGUGUGCCUUUCUGACCUCACAGACCUACAGAUGCUUACUUAUGUUGCCUGUGCCAGAGAAGGGUGUACUGGAAAAUGUGUGCAAAACUCUAUUCUCUGACUGCACUUUUAGCACUUUGAACAAUACAAACACAAUCUACAAAUAUGUAAUGGUCUUGUUAUAUUAAAAUAGAUAACAAAUGCUAAUAUUACCACUACAUCUGAAUGGGAAAUUAGGAUUAUAAAUCAGUUUUACAGUGAGGUGUUGGGCUUUUUCCCAUUGUAAACAUGCUCAAGAUGCUGUGCUAUAAACAAAUCAGCAUUUUUGGAAUUUGAUAUAGUGGCUGCUUGAGACAGCUUGACUAAACACUAAGAAUUUUGUAGUUGAUUUUAGUAUUUUUAUGGGCUAGGAAGCUCUUAUUUUGUAUGAUCAGACUUGUGUACCUACUGCACUGUGUGAAUUUAUGGCACAGUAGAUCUUUCAUACUUAAGUUUGUAAAGAGCUGUGAAAGGCUGACUUUCAGACAUUUUUCCCUUGAUUGGGAUGUACAGACUUGAGAAUAAACUGUCUUUUAUGGGUAACUUGAGCAGUGUGUAGGUAUGAGAACUUGUAUUCAAACUGUUUUCAUCUCUUUAGGAAUAGUAAAUUGAAAAUCAGUUUUUAAUAGAAAUUAUAGAAAUUUUAUAAUUCUGGGGGGAUGGGUUUUUUACACAUCUAGAAAUAAUGUAGUCUGUGACUCGUGACUCAGUGGUGCUAGUUUAUAAAAAAACAAAACAAAACACAAAAUUAAGCAUAGGUUCUCUAACUGUUGAUAUUCCACUCUCUGUUUUCAGUGCUGCAUUUGAACGUAUUUCUUUAAAUAAAAAUGUAGGGACUCUUUGUGAA